GUUGAGACAUUGAAGAAUUAAGAUGGAGACAUUGAAGAAAACGAAGAAGAUGAAGCUGCCGUUGAGAUCUGAUUCAUUCACUCGCACUCACACACUCCCUGACGAGUUGAUCGAAGAAAUUCUGCAAAGGUUGCCGGUGAGAUCUCUUUUGCGUUUCAAAUGUGUGUGUAAGUCAUGGCUCGCUCUCAUUUCCAAUCCCCAAUUUGCAAAAUCACAUUAUGACAUGGCCGCUGCACCCACCCACCGACUUCUUCUUGUUAAGACAUAUCCUGAUGGUCCUUUAGAAUCCAUAGGAAUAGAUGCACCACUUCACGAUGAUUCUGCUCGAGUAUACCUCCCUCGUCCACAGUCAUCGUUAAUUCCUUCGGUUAGUUCAAAUUAUCUUGAAAUAUUGGGUUCUUGCCGAGGGAUUAUACUUUUAAAGUAUCGUAAGGAGGAUGAUGAUCUCAUUUUAUGGAAUCCAUCAACAGGUGCCCGAAAAACAAUAUCAUGCUCCCCUGGUCACAAAUUUUUAUAUGGUUUUGGGUAUGACCCAUCAACUGAUGACUACUUGGUAGUUAUUGCUAUGGAAUCUUCCACAAAGUUUAAAACUCACAUGGAGUUUUUCUCCUUGAAAACCAAUUCAUGGAACAAAGUUAAGGGUAUUAAUUUUCCAUAUUUCGAUAAUGGGACAAGAGUCACAGUCAGAUCUGGGUUCCUCUUGAACGAGGCUCUUCAUUGGGUUGUUUUCUCUAAAGGUGAUUUUACAAAGGAUGUGAUUAUUGCUUUUGAUUUGAUAAAAAGGAGUUUAUCAGAGAUUCUUUUGCCACCUGAUUUUCCCCGGAAAUAUGAAAUUUGGCAUUUCAUGGUAAUAGAAGGAUGUCUCGGUCUGGCUUGCUCACGUGGUGUUUGCUGGGUGAUGAAAGAGUACAAAGUGCAGUUAUCUUGGACCAAGUCCAUUGUUUCAUCUAAUAUUAAUUGCUACAUUGAGCACAUUCCUUGCGGCUCGUAUUACCACAUAUGCUUUAGCAUACGUGCUGGAAUCGUUGGAUCAGAUGAUAGAGGAAAAUUAUUGAAACUUGAUGACAAAGGAGAGUUGCUUGAGAUCUCCAGAAUUAUGCAGUGGUUACACAAAGAACGUCCACUACGGUGUGCUAUUUAUACGGAGAGUCUACAAUCAUUCCCUAGUGACUUUGGGGAAACAUGACCAACAGUAAUAAACAAGAAGAAUUUUAGGAAUGCCUCAACGUAUUUGGUUGUUGUUCAAGAUUGGUGAGAUAUAAUUCCGAAGGACCAAAUAGAGCUGCUCCAGCACUUUCAUAUGCAGUGGCAAUGACAUAAAGCUAUUUCAGGUGUCAAUCAAUAAGUCCACUUUCAUUCCGAGUGACAAGGAUUGUUAGACAUGAAUCUAGUCCAAUGGGGUUUUCAGUAUUUAGCAGUGCAGAGUUAUAUUUACUAUAGAUACAUUUUUUCAAAAUGUCAAGAUACAUUUUGAAUAAAUUACAAGUUGAGUCUAGCUCAGGAUUAAGUUGGUUUGUAACUUGAAAUUUCUUUUGACUGAUUUAUUUUUCUUUAAUGGCUUGUAAUGAUUUAUCUGUUACUUUAUUUUUUAUUUUAAUUUUUAGCCUUUGGAUUAUUGAUAAAUUAAGAGUAUGCUGAUAUGGAGCUUUUUGGA